GCGGCUAGAGCGGACACAUUUGGGUUACUGAGGCGUUCCUGUAGCGGCCAUGAAUCCGCCAUUCUUGUCACAUUCCUCGUACCAGGAAGGGAAAAUGAAGUCAAAGAAGAGAAGCCACAACGAGAAAUAUCGAGUGAAGUGUCUGCGGCUGCGACGACUGGCGAAAACCAUGGUGUUUGUGAGUGUGCUCUCAUCACAUCACCCUUCGCAGGUAAAAGUGAAAGAAGAGAGAAGGUUUCUGUUAAAGAGGGUCCUGCAGCUGCAGGCGUUGAGUGAAGAUGAUCGCCCGACGACGCACAGUUCCAGCUUAUCUCUCAGCUUUGACAUGCCGAGCGUGAGUGAUGGGAACCUGGACAUAAGUCUGCCCAGUGUAGCUGACAAUGGCCUGGGAAAGAGGCUGAAGAAGGACAAGAGAGAAAAGGGCAAAGAGAACAAAUCGGAAGUUGUGAAGAAAUUAACAAAAAGGAAGAGAGUGACGGACGGGGCCCAACGCAGGUGGGUUCAGCCCAUUCUCCUGGACCCAUGUGGACGGCCAAUCUUCCCCAUCGAGUUAGACGGCCUGACGGUUUACAGUCUGGGAGAGAUUGUACCUGACCGGAGUGGUUUCCAUGACAGGAGCGCCAUUUAUCCGGUGGGUUUCUGCAGCACAAGAGUUUACGCCAGCAUGCGGAACCCGGAGCAGAAAUGUCUCUAUACGUGUCAGAUCAAAGACGGCUGGACCCGGCCUCAGUUUGAGAUCGUCCCUGAAGAUGACCCUCAGAACACGAUAUCUGGCAGCUCAGCUGUAGAAUGUCAUAAUGCGCUACUGAAGAGCAUCGGGGCUGUGCAAGGACGGAGGGUCUCCGCCCCAGAAAACACCGGGCCGUACUUUUUUGGGUUUACGCACCCCACCAUUCAGAACUUAAUACAAAGCUGCCCCGGAGCUCGCAAAUGUUCAAGUUACGAGUGGGUAAAGUUUGAAGUCUGGAAGCUGGGCGAAGGGCCGAUGCCUCAGGAGGUUUAUGAGAACAGCUCAGCCAUAAGCUUUGAGGCUUUCCAGGAACAAUCCUUGGAGGAGAUGAAACCGGAUAAUGUGUUAUCAGAUUUAUUUACAGUGAAGCAGCCAGAUCAGUACAGCAACCCGGCAGAGCACACGCCUGUAGGACUACAAGUGACAGAACAGCCCUGCAUGUGGAUCCAGAGCCCUGAGGAAGGGUGUGAGAUCCGCCGAAGCGCGUUGGAUAUGAUAAAAUCUGUACCGGACCGAUGA